AUGUCUGGUGGUUUUCUGAACCUCGGCCUUGUGAUCAUGGGCAUGGAAGCAGCGGGGGCUCCUUUCUCCUUCAAGUGCUUGGUUCUGGACAGCACGCCGAUCAUGCCUCAGCCCAAGGCCUUCGUCCGCUUUGCUCGUGCGUACAUGCAAGAUCAUGGGCUGGAGCUCGUCAACAAAGUUCUUCCUGAACCUGUUCAUACGGCUUUCCAGACGACAAGGUGGAGCUUGGGAGGCGCUUACGUGCGAGCCAAGCACAAGUGGCGCACUGACAAGAAGCUGCGCACCAUCGGAAAGUUGCCUGAGGAUACGGUCGAGGACUUUGAAGAGUGGACAAGGUGGGCCAGCCAUACAGCGAUGCUGAACAGGUAUGACAACAUGACGUCAGUUCAUAUCGCCACGGUGUUCAAUACUCCGUCCACCGGUUUGAAGGAGUGCAUCUUCAUGUACAACCCCCAUGAUCCCUAUCUCAACCCCGAGGAUGUGGAGAGAUGCAUCC